UGGCUGUGUCUUUUUCUCUCUCUAGUCUGGGACUCCGAGUUGUUUCUUUAAAAGUUCGACUAGAACCCUGUGCAGCACAUUACUCAUACAAGACUGUAUAGCAAUGCAACUUCUGCCUGGAUCCAUGCCAAAGCUCAUUUUACAAGGCUUCUUUUUCUCUCAGACUCUUCUGACACUACCCCUAAUUUACUCCCCAAUUACUCUAAAAGCACUUUACCAUUUCUACACAACUUUUAUAUAUUAUUGUUUUUUUGGCUCAAAAACGUAGUGGAUUCUAGUAACACUUAUUCAAAUCCCAACUACUCUCUUCCUUUUAACACAUCUCUAAAAUUGACAUUCUGUCCUCUCUCAUCAGAUGAUGUCUCUGUCUGAAAUGGGCGUUCUCAACAAACUAAAAGGUUAAAUAAGUGAUUUUGGAUGAGAUAAAAGGACAAAGGAGUCAAAACAAAUGUAAAAAAAGAGAAACUUCAGAAUCAACGCUCUUGACACAAUUCCCAUGUUCUUUAACUUAUUUCAUUUAUACUUCUACUACUACCUCUUUACCACACCCUUUACUUGCUCUCACCAUCUCCAUCCUACGCUUUUCUAUUUUAUUUUAUUGUCUUCAAAGAGAUGAAAAAGAAUCUCUUUUCAGAGGUGAAAAAAUCUUUUUGAAACUGAAGCAACACUGGUUUAAAGUACAUCUCACUCCCUCUACAUCUAGACUUUUCCCUUUCUUUCUGGUAUUCAAAACCAAGGACUGUAUUUCUUUAGAGAGAGAGAGAGAGAGAGAGAGGGAUGGCGAUGGGUGGUGUUGGAAGUGGAUCAAUGAAGUACAGUAGCAGUAGUAAUAGAGGAUUGAGGCCUUAUGCCAUGAUGUUGUUGCUUGCUUUUGGUGCUGCUGUAUUUGGUGUAAUGGUUCUUCACAAGUUCAGAGAAAGACGCAUCUUCAGCCUCCUCAUCAAAGACAAAGACAGAGAUAUUAUCACCCUUCAACUACUCUUACAGAAAGAAAGGGACUACAGCAAAGAAAUGAAAAAGAAAGUUGAAGAAUUGAAGGGAAAGGCACAUUCUCUCAGAACUCAAAAGAUGGAUUUGAAUAACAAGAUUAUGGGUUGGCAAUCUACAGCAGCUUCACUUAAAGAAGAAGCAAGGGUUAUGGAAGUCGAAUUGGAGGAGAAGAAAAAUGAACUCAGAUUACUAAAGGAAAGAGAGAUGAAUUCAAGUCGAGAUAUUUCUCAAGUUUCAGCUCUAACUGCACUUUUGAAGCAGAAAGAAAUCGAACUCCAAGAAAUGAAAAAUCGUCUUGAGAAACCGGUUAAUGUAUGGUCUGUGAGUGCUGAUGAUCCUUCUAACCCACACGUUAAUUUAACUGCAACAGAACAAGUUGUGAAUGCUGAAUCUUUGAUAAGCAAAAGUGAAGGAGAAAGUACUGAUCAAAAUGCAACUCAACUAGAAGGGAAGUCGAAAACGUUUGAGAAUGGUCAAGAUAGUGCAGUAACAAGUGAGGUACAUGAAUUUGGCGAGAAGAACGGAGAACCAGGUCAAAGCAAGGGAGCUUCAGGUGAUAUUAACUUGGAAAAGACUGAGAACUCGCAAGGGGGUGAAGGUUUGAGUAUGAGAGAGCAAGUGGGUAAUAGCAAUGAAACCAAUGUGGUCAAAAAUAACGGAAUGAAUGGUGUUCUAAAGGAGGUGGAAGGUAAAGUAGAUGAAAUGCCUGAAGGAUUACAAAAUGCUGAGAGCUCUGGAGAUAGAGGUGAAGGUAGUGAUAGCGUCCAGAGAAUGAGCAAGAGAUGGAGAGAUAUUUACAGAAACAGCAAACUGGAGAAGGCAAGACAUCAUGAUGAGGUGGAAAAGCAAGGAGCUGAGCAAGAUAAUCAAACUGAUACUGAAAUGGGAGAUGAGGGUUUAAAAACACAGACCGAUAACAGUCACCAAGCUGGUUUGGAGGGUAAAGAGAUUCGAGGACACUUGAGACUGAGAGAAGGAAAUAGUGAUGGUGUGGAAUCAAAUGAACAAGUAGGCAAUGCAAGGAAAAUGGUUUCUGUUGAUGCGGUACCAGGAGAAGCAAGUAAUGCUGGAGAUGGGCAAAAUGCAGGUGAAACUUCCAAUUUGGUUGCCUCUGAUGCUGUCAAACAGGAGCCAUCUGUGAUACACAAAGAACCACACAAUAUCCAAAACACAAUACACAGGAGGGAGCUUCCAGGAAGGCGCACAGCAAUGUCCAGAAAGCAGAAGGUACCAAAGGCAACAAAACUUUGGAAAACUUGGAAAUCGACAGUGUUGGAAGACAAUCAAGACUACUAAGGAAGUCCUAAUAUUCCAAGCUCGAAAGAAGAUGUAGGAUGGGGUAGGUUAAUAACGAGGGAAUUAUUUUAGAUGCCAUGGUAUACUGGGGUGCUUGUAGUACAUCUGCUAAAUAUUUAUGUCUCAUGGGAGUGUUUUCCUCUCUUUUUUUCACUGGCUGUUACACUUGGUUUCUCUUCAAGUUCAGUCUCUUUUUCUCUUUGGUAUAUAUAUGUUUUUUUUUCCA